ACAGCUAUUUCUGGUGUUCUUGGCGGUCGUGUUCCUCGAGGGCCGUGCGCUUGUCCGACUUCUGCCUUACGGGUUUUCAUUGCUCCUCGUUCGUUUCUACUAAUUUGGCAUUAAUUGACAUUGUGUUGUCCGGUUACCUGAGGCGUCGCGCAAACUGCGAGUUGCAAAUCGUUUGAAAAAAAGCUAUUAAUCUGUGUUUGGGGUGGAGUGUUUUAUCGUCAGUGGUUUCGGUCGAAGUUCAAGUGGUCCACGCGUACGAACCUCUUGUGAGAAAAAUGUCACAAACCCAUUGGGAGGAAUUCUAUGCAACGCAUCUGCCACCAACCGAUUUCGAGGAUAAUCGAUCGUUACUGAAGGAAUUCUGUGACCGUCACAACAAAAUUAAAAGCAACGUUGUCCUAGUUACGUCGGGUGGCACAACCGUGCCCUUGGAACACAACACCGUACGUUUUGUAGACAAUUUCAGUGCCGGAACGCGUGGUUCCGCUUCGGCGGAAUAUUUUCUGGACCAUGGAUAUGCUGUGAUCUUUAUGCAUAGACUAAAAUCCUUGGAGCCUUUUACCAGACAUUUUACUGGACAACAAUUUUUGGAUAUGUUGGAGCUACAUGAAAGUGGACCGAGCACUACAAUAACAGUGGAUCCAGAUAGCGUUGAUGUUCUUGCGCCCAUUUUACAAAAGUACAAAAAUGCCCGCGAAAGUCAGAUGAUAUUGUAUAUAAGUUUCACAAGUGUUGUUGACUAUAUGUGGCUGUUGAGAGCUGCAUGCGAAUGCUUAGCCACGUUCGAACAACGAGCACUUUUGUACCUAGCAGCUGCUGUUUCUGACUUCUACAUUCCAUCCGAUAAAAUGCCAACGCACAAAAUGCAAUCAGGGCAGGGAGCCCCUGUUAUUUCCUUACAAUUAGUGCCAAAGAUGCUUGCGCCACUUGCGAGCCUGUGGGUACCCCAUGCGUUCGUAGUAUCAUUUAAACUAGAGACGGAUGAAAGUCUGCUGAUAACAAAGUCUAGAGAUAGUUUGAAUAAGUAUAAACAUAAGCUGGUAAUUGCAAACAUCCUACAAACACGAAAGCAUCGUGUUGUAUUUGUAACACCAACCACCUCCUAUGAGCUACAUUUAACGCGUGAACAAGCAUUAGCUGGUCUCGAGAUCGAAGAACCUAUCGUUGCCGAUGUCGUUCGCAAGCACGAGGAGUUCAUAAAUUCGGCAACUCGUCAAUGACCCCAGCGUCAACCACGACACAAUAUUCAAGUUGAUUGUCGCGUGACUUCACCACAUUUUUGUCGACUUCUUAAUCCUGGGGUGGGCCGUAAGUACUAGAAAUCGUAGAACUGAUAGGAUUACUGAAUGUGCAUGCAAUGUAAAUAGGUAUAAGUGAAAUAGAUAAUGACAAGUGUAUGAAAUGAAACUGAUAAAAACACUUUAUACAUAUAUAUAAAAUAACUACGUUAUUGAGGAUGUCGACAUUCACAGUGAAAUUGAAUUUCACUUUUAUUAUUGGUCCUCUAGGCGGGUCUUUAAAAUGACAAAAUUCACACUGACCAAAAAGUAUAAAGGAGCACUGAUGAAACAAUUUAAUGAAAUAUUGAUUCUAUCUACUUUUACGUUUGGCAAGGGGUUUCUCGUAGAAUAUUUUAAAAACUUUGAUUAAAUUUUGUUGAAUUUUGCUUGGGUAUAAAUGACUAAUAUGAUACAAAUGGUGCUUCUGUAUAAUUUUGACACGGGUGUUUUAUAAAAAAUCAUAUUUUAAUGAAACAUAAAAUGUUCCAAAUGCAACAAAAGCAAAAUGUAAUUUUGUUACUGAAUUCGUCCAGUGACGCGCGUGCAUGGAAUUGAGAUUCUAUUAAAUGUUAACAUAAAUAUCGAGGGUCGAAUGGAUUUAUUUUCAUUUUAUUUAUAAAUUAUGUGUGGGUUUUAUUUAUGCAUUGGGAGACUGAAAUAUGUAAAAAAGUGAAGAACAACAAAAGUAGAAAAAUGAUACAAAAGCACAUUUAGCAACUAGUGUAAAGUAGAAUGAAGAAACAAAACGUUGACCAGUUUAGUUUAUAAGAAACAUGUUUAGAAGCUUUGAUAUAGUCCUUUUAUAUAGCGACCUUUUUUGUCGUAGGAAAUAAAAACAUACAAUUUCCAACAUGUAAAAACUUUAUCGAUGAAUAGUAGUGCAUUGUGGACGAAGUUUUCUAGAGGUUGUUUAGUACAAAUUAUCCUAGUUUUUCAGCAAACGCCCUUAGAUCAAUCAUUGCGUAUUCUUCGAUAGAAAAGAUAAAUAUAGCUGAAAGAAUUGCAUCAUGAGUUUCCACAUUGUUCGAUAUAUUUUUUAUUUUGAAAUGGAAAAUGCUAUGUAUCAGUUUCUGGAAACUUAUUAAAUUAUUAUUUUUCAAGACGCUUUUAAACGAUAUGUUCUUUGAUUCGAAAAUAGCCUAGAUAAUGCAG